AUGACACGGUCCUCUCCAGGCAAGGGGCCACCGCCCUCUCCGGGAACGCGGCCCUCCUCUCCAUUCAGGUCGCCCACUCCGGUAAUGAUGACGUCCCCGAAACUGUGGCAGAAAGCUUCCAUAUCCCGGCUUGCGGAGGAGUUUUUCUGGAUUGGCGGUAGCAUUGUGGCAACGCCAAAAUGGAGAAUGGGGCAGAUUGUGGAGAGAUGCGUCAGCUCCAUGCAGGCUGGAACUCAGAUGACCAAGCUGCGAGGGUCAUCCAAGUCUCUAACUCGCUACUACUAUCUAGACGAGCACAAGUCCUGUAUCCGGUGGCGGCCCUCCAGGAAGAACCAAAAGGCCAAAAUUCCCUUAGACUCUAUCCGUGAGGUGUGUGAAGGCAAGCAGUCUGAGAUGUUCCAGCGCUACACGGGCGGCAACUUCGACCCCAACUGCUGCUUCAGCGUUUACUACGGUGACCACGUGGAAUCGCUCGACCUGGUCACCACCACAGGGGAGGAGGCGCGCACCUGGAUUACUGGCCUUAAAUACCUCAUGGCGGGCAUUAGUGAUGAGGACAGUCUGGCCAAGAGACAGCGCACCCGAGAUCAGUGGUUGAAGCAGACGUUCGAGGAGGCGGACAAAAACGGCGAUGGCUGCCUGAGCAUCGGGGAGGUCCUGCAGCUUCUCCACAAGCUGAACGUAAACCUGCCCAGACAGCAGGUCAAGCAGAUGUUCAAGGAAGCAGACACAGAUGAGAACCAGGGCACCCUGGGGUUCGAGGAGUUCUGCACCUUCUACAAGACGAUGUCCACGCGCCGCGACCUCUACCUGCUCAUGCUCACCUACAGCAACCAUAAGGACCACCUGGACUUGGACGACCUGGUCCGCUUCCUGGAGAUCGAGCAGAAGAUGAGCAAUGUGACGAAAGAUCAUUGCUUGGAGAUUGUGAACAAGUUUGAGCCAUGUCCAGAAAACCAGUUGCUGCUGGUUCUUGGCAUUGAUGGCUUUACCAACUACAUGCGAAGCCCUGCAGGUGACAUCUUCAACCCAGAGCACUACGAGGUGCACCAGGACAUGACCCAGCCCCUCUGUAACUACUUCAUCAACUCCUCCCACAACACGUACCUGGUGGGGGACCAGCUGCUGUCCCAGUCCAGGGUGGACAUGUACGGCUACGUGCUGCAGGCAGGAUGUCGCUGCGUGGAAGUGGACUGCUGGGAUGGUCCGGAUGGGGAGCCUAUUGUGCACCAUGGGUACACCCUGACUUCAAAAAUCCUCUUCAAAGAUGUCGUUGAAACCAUCAACAAAUAUGCCUUCGCCAAAAACCAGUACCCGGUGAUUCUGUCUAUUGAGAACCACUGCACCGUGCCCCAGCAGAAGAAGAUGGCCCAGUACCUGGUGGAAGUGCUGCAGGACAAGGUGGACCUGUCCGAUGUUGACAUGCACGAGUGCACACGGCUGCCCUCUCCUGAGAUGCUGAAAGGGAAAGUUUUAGUCAAGGGCAAGAAGCUGGGUGCAAACAUUGAUGAGAAUGCAGAUGAAGGGGAUGUGUCAGAUGAGGACAGCGGUGAUGAGAUAGAGGACGACUGUAGGAUGAGUGCAGAUGGCAAAGGUGAGGAUGGCACGGACACCGGGGAGGAAGCAAACUCCAGCACCAACAAGCGCCUGGGCAGGUCCCUCAUGGGCAGCUUCAAACGCAAGAGGAGGCGGGUCAGAGUGAAGAAGAGGUCCAGCCUUGAGGACACGGAUACGGAUCAGGAGAGCCCGUCCAGUGCCACCCGCACAGCUGUGGUGUACUACAGCAGGAGGAGGAAGACCAUGAGACUCGCUCGAGCCCUUUCAGACCUUGUGAAGUACACCAAAUCCGUGCAUGUCCAUGACAUCGAGACACAAGCGAUUACUUGCAGCUGGCAGGUGUCAUCCCUCAGCGAGACCAAGGCCAAUCAGAUCAUGCAGCUGAAGCCCACCCAGUUCAUUCGCUUCAACCAGAGGCAGCUCGUCCGCAUCUACCCCUCCUCUUACCGUGUGGACUCAAGCAACUACAACCCCCAGCCUUUUUGGAACUGCGGCUGCCACCUGGUUGCCUUAAACUACCAGUCUGAAGGUCGCAUGCUGCAGCUCAACCGCGCCAAAUUCUCCAGCAACGGGAACUGUGGGUACAUUCUGAAGCCAAAGUGCAUGUGUAAAGGUGCCUUUAACCCCAUGUUGCAGGAACCGUUGCCAGACCAAGCCAAGACACAGCUGGUGCUGAAGAUAAUCAGCGGUCAGCAGCUCCCCAAGCCAAAGGACUCCAUGUUCGGUGACAGAGGAGAGAUUAUUGACCCAUUCGUGGAGGUGGAGAUCAUUGGCCUGCCGGUGGACUGUUGCAAGAAUCAGACCAGAGUUGUGGAUGACAAUGGGUUUAAUCCCAUGUGGGAAGAGACCCUGGUCUUCACCCUCCACAUGCCCCAGAUUGCGCUGGUACGCUUCCUGGUGUGGGACCACGACCCCAUUGGCCGAGACUUCAUCGGACAAAGGACUAUUGCCUUCACCAGCAUGAUGCCAGGUUAUAGGCAUGUGUAUUUGGAAGGUAUGGAAGAGGCCUCCAUUUUUGUUCACAUAGCUGUGAAUGACAUCACUGGUAAGGUCAAGCCAACCAGUGGCAUAAAAGGGUUAUUCCACCGAAAUCAAAAGCAGGGCUCCCUGGACACCAGCACUGCUGACUGUAAGCUGAAACGGAGACCCACUUUCAGUAAAAGCUUCCUCCGCAGGACAGCCAGCGUUCCCACCAAAAACCAGCCCAAAAUCAAGAAGGACCGGCGCCCGUCCUCCCACGCUUCCGAGAACGGGUCUGAUGGAGAACCAGAUGGUACCUCCCAGGCUGUGUCGAACCAUGCAGGAAACCCGACCGUGGAUCCCAACAAGAUGAGGCGAUCCUCACAGGAAGCUGGCAGCACAUUCCAGUCUCAGCACAGAGGCGCACAAAGUGAGCCACUGAAACGGGCCAACAGGGUGCAGAUCCGGGAUCCGCCGGAGAGGAAGCAGGGGAUCUUCGACCGCCUGUCCAACGACAGCCCUGGCAGGGCGAGGGUGGCCUCCAGCUGUAUUAAGUGGGUGAUCAGGUCCAAGGAGGGCUCCAGUCGAGAGUUCCGGUCUCCUUCGCUCCGGCACGGGGGGUCAACCGGCCCCCGGCGGGAGAGAGCUGCUUCGGAGCCCAGACGGAGCCCAGAAUUCUGGCCCAAAGACUGGCCCCUGCCCAAAAUGUCACCCUCCCCUCAGACCAGAAGGAGUCUGGAUGCCCAAUGUGGCAACCGUGCCACUGAUCCCUCAGCACGGAAAGCUCACUCAUGGAGCAUUCCUCGGCGACUGUUCAACUCCCCCGCGACCCCUGACCCAGAGAUCAGACCCAAUUUGAACCAGCAGAGAGUGCCACACUCUGAACAUUGCAAAAAUGGUGAAAGACUGGAGAGACCUGGACGCAGUCUUGAUGCCCAACACGGCAACCGCUCCAAUGAUCCCGCGGCUCAGAACGCACGCUCGUGGAACGUUCCCCGGCGACGGUUUCCUUCCCCUGUGACCUUCAGCCCAGACAGCAAGUCCAGUUUGGACCAGCAGAGAGCACCACACUCUGAACAUGGCAACAGUGGUAAAAGACUGGGGAGGACCAGACAGAGUCUGGACGCCAGACGCAGCAACCACACUGCUGAUCCCUCAGCUCGGAAUGCACGCUCCUGGAGUGUUCCUCGUCGGCGAGUCCCCUCCCCCGUGACCCCUGACCCGGGAAGCAGCUCCAGUUUGAGCUGGCAGAGCUCCCCAUACUCCGAACGUAGCGUUAGACCUGGACUGACCACGUCCAGCUGCCACACCCUCUCUGACAGCGACUCCAGCCUGGAUAGCCUGGAGGGCAUCGAGUUUCUCCCGUCACGCUGGCCGAACUACAAGCGCGGGGAGGUGGGCACGCUGCAGCGUGAGAUGAGCGCGCUCUUCGAUAAGAAAAUGGAGGAGAUCCGCAAUAAAUCCCCAAUAUUUUUCACAGGUAAGAUCUGA